GAGAGCGUGAAAGAACCUGAGGAGAGGAGGGUUUUAGGACCCGGCGGGGCGCGGCGGACUAGGGAAAAGUGUCGGAAGGUCGGGAACGCGCCGGUGAAUCCCGAGCGGUGGCGGCGUCGCCGGAGUCGGGAGCGAGCAGGCCUGCGAGCUGCUAGGGUGCUAGAGAAGCCGGGGGCUCGGUUCUCUAGCCAUGGCACAAGUAGAGAAGCGGGGAGGCUUGCUCCGGAAAUCUUCAGCCUCAAAAAAACCCCUAAAGGAAAAAGUGGUGCUGAUGUAUGAUGAGAUUUUCAUGACAGAAGACCCCAGUAAGUGUAGUCCUCGGUUUUGGGAGGAGCUUUUCCUCAUGAAGGUGAAUUUAGAGUACCUGGAAGGCAAGCUGGAAUCUCUGGAUGGUGAGGAGUUAAUGAAGAUCAAGGACAACAUUAAUUGUUUAUUUCAACACUGUAUCCAGGCUCUGGGGGAGGAGCAUCCGAUCCGAGUUGUCAAUGCAUUGCAGACCUUGUGUGCACUUAUUCGAGGAGUCCACCAGAAGAAUAAAUCUACGUCUGGAUUUGACAUCAUCAAUAUGCUGAUGGGUUUUGACAAGGCAGAGCUGUGCAUGAAGAACUUGAUGGAGAGUUUGGAUUCAUUACUUUGUGCAGAAGGUUCUGAAAGUCUGAAGAGUUUAUGUCUGAAACUUCUUCUGUGCUUGGUAACUGUUACAGAUAAUAUCAGUCAGAACACUAUCCUGGAAUAUGUAAUGAUCAACAGUAUAUUUGAAGCAAUUUUACAGAUACUUUCCCAUCCCCCGAGUCGUAGAGAGCAUGGGCAUGAUGCUGUUGUUCUCUUGGCUUUGCUGGUAAACUACAGAAAAUAUGAGUCUGUGAAUCCGUACAUUGUGAAGCUGUCUAUUGUGGAUGACGAGGCUACCCUGAAUGGAAUGGGGCUUGUGAUCACUCAGGCUUUAUCUGAGUACAACAGGCAGUAUAAAGACAAGGAAGAAGAACAUCAGAGUGGUUUUUUUUCUGCUUUAACAAAUAUGGUGGGCAGCAUGUUCAUAGCAGAUGCCCAUGAGAAAAUCUCAGUACAAACCAAUGAGGCCAUUCUUCUGGCACUUUAUGAAGCUGUCCAUUUAAAUCGAAACUUCAUCACAGUUCUAGCUCAGAGCCAUCCAGAAAUGGGGUUGGUGACAACCCCUGUCAGCCCUACUCCUACAACCCCAGUCACACCACUUGGGACUACACCACCCUCCUCUGACGUUAUAAGUUCUGUGGAACUCUCACUGGAUGCAGAUGUACAGACCAGUAAUCUACUGAUAACCUUCUUAAAGUAUAGCUCAAUUGUCAUGCAGGACACAAAAGAUGAACACAGGCUUCAUAGUGGCAAGCUCUGUCUGAUUAUCCUCACCUGUAUUGCAGAGGAUCAGUAUGCCAAUGCAUUUUUACAUGAUGACAACAUGAAUUUUCGAGUAAACUUACAUAGAAUGCCUAUGAGACACAGGAAGAAGGCUGCUGACAAGAAUCUUCCCUGCCGUCCCCUGGUGUGUGCAGUCCUGGACCUGAUGGUGGAGUUCAUUGUAACACAUAUGAUGAAGGAAUUCCCUAUGGAUCUCUAUGUGCGAUGUGUCCAGGUAGUGCAUAAACUGCUGUGUUACCAGAAGAAGUGUAGAGUUCGCCUGCAUUAUACCUGGCGGGAACUCUGGUCAGCCUUGAUAAACUUGCUGAAGUUCCUUAUGUCAAAUGAAACCGUACUUUUGGCCAAACACAACAUUUUUACAUUGGCCCUUAUGAUUGUGAACCUGUUUAAUAUGUUUAUCACAUAUGGUGACACAUUCCUGCCAACCCCCAGCAGCUACGAUGAGCUUUACUAUGAGAUUAUCCGCAUGCACCAGAGCUUUGACAACCUCUACUCCAUGGUCCUUAGGCUUUCCACCAAUGCUGGCCAGUGGAAGGAUGCUGCGAGCAAGGUGACACAUGCACUGGUGAACAUCAGAGCCAUCAUCAAUCACUUUAAUCCCAAAAUUGAGUCCUAUGCUGCUGUGAAUCACAUAUCUCAACUGUCGGAGGAACAGGUACUAGAGGUAGUACGAGCCAACUACGACACACUCACGCUGAAGCUGCAGGAUGGCCUGGACCAGUAUGAGCGCUACUCUGAGCAACACAAGGAGGCCGCCUUCUUCAAAGAGCUGGUUCGGUCCAUUAGUACCAAUGUCCGGAGGAACCUAGCCUUCCACACACUCAGCCAGGAAGCCCUCCUGAAGGAGUUCUCCACCAUCUCCUGAAGAUGCAGUGCCUGAGAGCCACUGACUGCCUUACCCAUGAGGCUCCUGGGCUGGAGGGCGAGCACAAGGAGUGGGGACUGCCUUCAAGGUUGGAGAGAAGCACAGACCCCGAGGCUCUUGGUGAAGGCCAUACUUCAGUGAGCUUGGACAGCAGGGGCAAGCCCAGGAUGGUCCUAUUUGGGGAGAAAUGGGAGGGUAAUGGGAGAGGCAACCAAAAGUGUGGGGUUUCCAGGCUGUAUUCCCUUGGAUACUGACCCAUGAUUCCACUUGAGAUUACACGUUCUGGCUUCUGAUUAUUCAGGUGCUGGUCAGGCAGGCCUCAGCUGAUGGCAACACUCUGAAGGCCAGUGGCUGAUCUUGGCUGAUGCCACAUCCUGUUUCCUUUUAGACCUGGAGCUGAGCAAGGCCCCUGACCCCACUGCAGUCUGCCCAGUCUUUAGCAUCUCGGCUCUGGCACAGAGUAGUAGGUCAGGGAUUGGCACCUUUUUUCUGUCUUCUAAAUUCAAAGUUGACACCUCUGAGAAACUGGAGAUUGGAUCUGCCUGGUGCUCUGCUGUCUGACCUCUCCUUUCUGGAUUUUAGUUUUGGCACCAGGAGCACCUGUUCGCUUUCCCUUGCCUUCCCACGGUGACUCGUCAGCACAAUAGGCCCACAACUUUAGCCUUGCCUUUUUAGUCUGUUUUAAACUGUCUUAAAAGAGUGUGUGUGAAAUAAACAUUGACAGGUUUUCUGGAGCCCUCAAGGUGCCUACUUUGCUGGUUCCCUUUCCAGCAGCUUCCCCCGUCCCACCCACGCCUCCAGUGGGAGCCUAGAUGAGCUCCCUCCUUGUUCUUCCCCCUCACCCUGCUGUUGUUUACACUCAGCCUGCCUAAGAGUUUCCUCUGGGGAGGAAUCUGUUCCUGCUGUGGUCUGGUGCUGGGAGAGAGCCUGCUGGGGCAGGGUGCUGUUCAUAGACACAGGCUAGGUGAGCACCAUGCCUCGACUCUCCAUCUUGUCUAGGCUAUUCUAGCCGGGCCUCGGGCACAUCCAACCUCCGUGAAGUUGGCCUGUGGAUUCUAUCAUCGGAUAGUCUCCAUGGAACCACUAGGGUUUUCCCUUCCCCACAGCUGCCCGUGAGAUAGCUGCUGCUCUAAGGUCCUACCAGUCUAAAGGUUUGUAAAGCCCCAGGGUGGCAGGGCUGAGCAGCAGGGUGAGGAUCUGAGGGAGGCUGAGAGUGGGUCUGGGCUUUCUGGGCUUCUGUCUAUUUAGCAUCUGUCUCUUUGGAAUGCUUGCCCUUGAUGGAAGCCAGAGUUCUGAUCGGGCAGAAGUGUGAUAGUUCUAGAGAAUUUGUCGACAGACUGACAUACAUAGAUGUAGAAUCUUAAGCCAUUGUGGGGUUGGGUCAUCUCUAAUCACUGGUCACCAGAUGGAUAACUUGACCUGAGGUUUUUAGUGUUUCCCAUGGUGAUAAACCCCAGAGCAGCUGGAUCUGGAGCUGGUGGCAAAUCAAAGCUAUUAAAAGUUGAUUUGUGUCUUUAGUGUCUCUUCA